AUGGGGCUCUUCUUCCUACUACUUGCCCAUUUUAUUAGCAAUGUCAGAUGCUACAUCCUAAAUCCCUAUGGGUAUCCCUGCAGUGCAUAUCAACUAUGCCCGCAAUCUUGGUCUGGAUACGACAACAAUGGCGCUUCGUAUACUUAUCAGCCAUCGUACCCUGGAGGACACCCAUGGUCGAAUCCAAAUGGGUAUCCGUUCUCUCCAAGAAGAAGGCUUACUUCUUGCCCCUUUCCGUACAACUCUGACUGUUUAUAUGGCAGUGGCUUUUAUCCUGGCGCUUCUUACGGCUACAUACCUAUUCCAGGACCAUCAAAUAUCAUUGUCGUCGAGUGCGCGACUUGUCCAAGUAGCCCGUCAACGACUCCAGUCUUGACAACCACUUUGCCUUCGACGACUUCAUCAACGUCUCCGUGGACCACCUCAACAACUACAAUGCCAACAACCACAACCGGGCUAUACAAAUACUUCUACUGCUCAGGAGAAGUCAAUAAUAUUGUAGCCGAAGGGAAAGUCUACACACCCGGAUGUUUAAAGAAUGGCUCGACUACAGUAAGAGUUAGCCUGCUAUGCCCAAAAACUUUGCAAGUCAUCCCAAUCGGAGCCGUUGUGCCUGUUGGAUGUUUGUGGUGA